AUGAACAUCCGCAAUGCCCGGCCCGACGACCUCAUGAACAUGCAGCACUGCAACCUGCUCUGCCUGCCGGAGAACUACCAGAUGAAGUACUACUUCUACCACGGCCUGUCGUGGCCCCAGCUCUCCUACAUCGCCGAGGACGAGGGCGGCAAGAUCGUGGGCUAUGUCCUGGCCAAGAUGGAGGAGGACCCCGAUGAUGUCCCCCACGGACACAUCACCUCGCUGGCCGUGAAGCGCUCGCACCGGCGCCUCGGCCUGGCGCAGAAGCUGAUGGACCAGGCCUCACGGGCCAUGAUCGAGAACUUCGGCGCCAAGUACGUGUCCCUGCACGUCAGGAAGAGCAACAGGGCGGCCCUGCACCUCUACUCUAACACCCUCCACUUCCAGGUUAGUGAGGUGGAACCCAAGUACUAUGCCGAUGGGGAAGAUGCUUACGCCAUGAAGCGCGAUCUCUCCCAGAUGGCAGAUGAGCUGAGACAGCAGCUGGUGCUGAAGAAGGGCAGAUAUGUAGUUCUGGGAUCCGGGGAGAACCAGGAGGCCCAGGGCAGCGCACUUCCUGGUGCCGAAGAGGCGUGUCAGCUGGAGAACCCUGCAGGUGAAGAUAAUCGUAGUGACAGCUCUGAUGUCCAGGACAACUCAGAGGACUUGGAUUCCACCUCCUAG